AUGUAUAUGUGGUAUCAAGCAUCUCAAAUUUGCUACGCAUUCCUUCGAGACGUUCCCGACGUAUCUAUCGAAGAGAGUAACUGGUUCACGCGGGGUUGGACGCUCCAGGAACUCAUCGCCCCAAAAGUUGUAGCCUUUUACAACAAGAAUUGGAAAUUUUUGGGCACCAAGUCAGAUCUGAGGGGUGAUAUUUUUCAAGCUACAGGGAUCGAAUGGGACCAUCUGAAGUCCGAAUCCCCUGACAGCGAGGACAUAUGGCUUAACACUCGAGCACAGCCCACAGUGGCUACCAAGAUGAGCUGGAUCGCCCGCCGAGAGACAAGCAAGCCGGAGGACAAGGCCUACUGCAUGCUCGGAAUAUUUGAGAUCAACAUGCCUCUGCUGUAUGGAGAAGGGGGGCGGAGGGCCUUUCUUCGGCUGCAAGAAGAGAUUGUCCGGGUAUCCAACGAUCAGACCAUCUUCUGUUGGAGGCGGGAGCGUGAAGGCCAUCUCGUACCAGAGGGAUGGACCAGCCUGCUGGCUCCGGCGCCCGAGUUGUACGCCGACAUGCCAAAAUAUAUCAGGCGCAAUACUUCUAUCCGAGUGCAGGGUAAGGCCUGCCAAAACCCGAAAACAGGUUUAGCCCAGCCCGACCCGCCAACCCAUGGGCUUUUGGCGGAGGCCCGUAAUGGCCCGCGGGCUGGCGGGCUUGACCCGAAUUGGGUAGCCCGCGGGUUUUCGUGCUGGGGCGAUUAA